CAACUUACCGAGAGUAGCAUGAUCGAACUCAUGCGAUGAUUUAGUGUAGUACUAUUAUCACAUCAGUUUUUUUUUAAUUAAACCUCCUAAUCUCUUAUUCCCUGAAAAUACGAAAAAUUGCAUGGAUUCUUGGAUAAACUAAUAGGAUGUAUAGGAAAAGAUAGUAAUAAUUGGUUGCUUGUACAUAAAUUGUAACUAAAAUUUAGGAUUCUGGUUUAUGAAACCUAUGGACGUAUUUCACUUAAAUAUGAUAAAAUUACAUAAUAAAAACACCAUUGACAUCAUCACCGACUCGUUCUAUAAAUAAUGCUGCAUGGGAAGACACUUUAUCACAUCCAAAACCAAAAGCAACACAGAAGAGAAGCAUUUAUUUACUGUCUACUCUGUAAUUGCAUAUACAAUUGUUCCAAGAACAUGACAAUGCUUAAGAACAAACGCAUAACCUUCUCACUGAUCUUCGUUUGUCUCGUGAUGGUGUCUCCAAUGGCUAAGGCUCAGCUUGGUGGUCUGGGUGGCCUUCUUGGUGGUGGUGGUGGUGGUGGUGGUGGCCUAGGGGGCCUUCUUGGUGGUGGUGGCCUAGGGGGCCUUCUUGGUGGUGGUGGCCUAGGGGGCCUUCUUGGUAAUGGUGGCCUUGGGGGGCUUCUUGGUGGUGGUGGUGGUGGUGGUGUCCUUGGAGGCAUUUUAGGUCUCAUCAAUAUUCAAGGCGUACUUCGUUGCUCUGCCAAUGGCAAUGUCUCCGCUCCUGCUUUCGUUAAUGCCGGCGUUCAGCUCCAAUGCGGAGGACAAAACAACGUCGUCUCAACGUCGACUACAAACGCCGCCGGAUUAUUCUCGAUGCUUGUAAACCCAAUCCAGCUUGUGCUUUCUACACUCCUAUCCGAUUGUCAGGUCGCCGUCACAACCCCUCUCUCCACCUGCAACGCCGCACUUCCUACGGGCCAACUCCUCUCAUCAUCAUUGGCCCUGGUCGGAGAAACCGUCUCUGGUCUCCUCCGCGUCGCCAACCUCCGCCCCACUGGCUUUACCCUUGCUUAGUGAGUCCAGAUUAUACUUAUAUAAGUUCGGUGAAUGUACGUGUUGUUCCAUUUUGUGUCGUGACCAGUUUAUGUUUGCUUGUGUAUGGGUUAACCAUAUGCAUGAAUAAGGUCUAGGGUUUGUGUCUUAAGCUUCAAAGUCGUGUACCUGUUGUCGUUUAUGUCUCCAAUGUUUGAUAUGUAUAAUGCUGUUAUAAAAUGUAAGAAAUUACUUUCAGUCUUUAA